AGUCCUUGAUAUAUAUAUGUGUCAAUUCGCAAUUCCAAGUGAAAAAUGAUCUAUGCCCAAUUGAUGGAGCGAAACCAUUUCAAAAGCUUGAAUCUGCAUGCACUUUCUUCCAAAGCGCCUGGGUACCGCGGUAGAAACCAGGCACUCCCGAGUUGCCCUUCCUUUGGGUGCACUUUUUUUUUUUUUUUUUUGUCUCCUGGGAAAGAAGGUUUUAUUAUACAUCCUUUCCGCAGGUUGAGCUGCUCAGACUCCGGGGCGAAGCAGGCAACUUUCGUUACUCAGCCGCGAAAAAGCCAUCCUUUCAGCUGCUGGUGGAAGGACGUGUAAAAUUACUUUUGAAUUUCCUCCUUUUGCUUAUGAUAAAGACCAAGCAGAGGUUCUAAAUUGACUGCUUGUUUUAAAAUUCUCUACAGGGUAUGCAGAAUCAGACACCAAGAUGCGUUUAUUGACAUGCAAUGUACUUUUAAAUUUUUCCAAACUUGAAUUUCCUAUGACCUGAGAAACUUCACUUUUCCUCCAAAAAGGCGGGCACGUCCUUCAGUCUAAAAAUCAAGAGUAGGGAAUGAGGCUUGCAGAUUACACCAGAAGGAUAUAAUUCGAAUUACUAUAACUCGAGGAACUACUAUUUUGUUUUAAUUGCGUGUAUUUUGCUUGGAAAUCACAGGAAGAAACACAACAAAGCAUUGCCCAGUGUAGAGAAAAAAUAACAAACGUACUUAAAACUCAUUUAAAUUCUAGCAUUUUUCUCCUUAUUUUAGAAGUUUAACGUUUCAGAAGCAGACACUGCCUCCCUUCCUGCGACAACGUUCCCCUUUUAAGUCUCAUUUUUCCCCAGUUUCAAGGGCGAAUUCUAGAACUCCCCGGAACCGCCACCAGUUAAGCAGAAUUCAGUGGCUUUGGAAAAUAAAACUGCUUUUAUAGCUCUUCUGGGUAUUUGAGAAAUGCACUUGUUAAGUGUUAGAGUUGAAUCUUUUGAUGGGAAAGUCGGGUUUUCCUGAUACUAGGAUUCCGGGAUUCCAGGGGUUGGGGUGGCCCAGUUCCUGCGAGAAGCAAUAGCGGGCGGUGACAUGAGGAGCACAGUGAGUCCAGCGAGUCCUUGCGCCUGGGGGCCUCCCGAACCCCCGCCUGCGCCCCAGGACUCGGGCCUCACUGGGCCGUGCCGGGGCCUCUGUGACGCGGCGUUUCAGGCAGUCGGCCCCGGCAGAGCCCGCAGCCAGAGCGGCCCAGAGACAGGAGGCGGCGGCGGCAGCGGCGGCAUGAACCACUGCCAGCUUCCGGUGGUGAUCGACAACGGCUCGGGAGUGAUCAAGGCGGGCCUGGCUGGGAGCAGGGAGCCCCAGUUUAUCUACCCGAACAUCAUCGGCCGCGCCAAGGGCCAGAGCCGCGCGGCGCCGGGCGGGUUAGAACUCUGCGUGGGUGACCAAGCUCAGGACUGGAGGAGCUCGCUGUCCAUCAGUUACCCAGUGGAGCGUGGUCUCAUUACUUCAUGGGAUGACAUGGAGAUCAUGUGGAAGCAUAUCUAUGACUAUAACCUAAAGCUGAAGCCGUGUGAUGGCCCAGUCUUGAUUACUGAGCCAGCCCUGAACCCACUGGCCAACCGGCAACAGAUCGUGGAAGUGUUUUUUGAGCAUCUGGGUGUUCCUGCCUUCUAUAUGUCCAUCCAGGCUGUGCUGGCUCUCUUUGCUGCUGGCUUCACUACUGGUCUUGUGCUGCAUUCAGGUGCUGGGGUUACCCAGAGUGUGCCCAUCUUUGAGGGUUACUGUCUGCCUCAUGGUGUGCAGCAAUUGGAUCUGGCGGGCCUUGACCUCACCAACUACCUCAUGGUGCUAAUGAAGAACCAUGGUAUCAUGUUGCUUAGUGCUUCAGACAGAAAGAUUGUUGAAGACAUCAAGGAGACCUUUUGUUAUGUGGCAAUGAACUACGAAGAGGAAAUGGCCAAGAAACCUGAUUGUCUAGAGAAAGUUUACCAACUACCUGAUGGGCAGGUCGUCCGGCUCCAUGACCAGCUCUUUUCUUGUCCAGAGGCCCUCUUCUCUCCAUGUUGUAUGAACCUUGAGGCCCCUGGCAUUGAUAAGAUAUGCCUUAGCAGCAUAAUGAAAUGUGAUACAGGCCUGAGGAAUUCCUUCUUUUCCAAUAUUAUCCUUGCCGGGGGAUCAACCUCUUUCCCUGGUUUAGACAAGCGGCUAGUUAAGGAUAUAGCAAAGAUGGCUCCUGCCAACACCGCUGUGCAAGUUAUAGCUCCCCCAGAAAGGAAAAUAUCAGUGUGGAUGGGAGGUUCUAUUCUUGCAUCUUUGUCUGCCUUCCAGGACAUGUGGAUCACUGCUGCAGAAUUUAAAGAAGUUGGACCCAACAUAGUACACCAAAGAUGCUUCUGAAAUACAGAUAAAAUGGUUAGAAGAAAAUGUUUUGAGUAUAUGUGACAGAAACUUUGGAUAUUACGUGUUUCUGGGAGAAGAGAAAAUACUUCAACGAUUGGGAUGCCAAUAUUUCUGUCGUAUUUCUAUAAUGGGCUUGGGGAUAAUAAUGAUGAAGCUCAAGAACAGAUGUCUAUUGAGUAGAACCAAGUUAAAAUAAUGUUUCCCAUAGUGUUUUUUCUAUAAGUUGAUGUUGGUGAGCUUAUAUUUCCCUUGGAAGAGAGCAUUUGUAGUACAAUAUGCUAUGUGCCAAAUGAGUGAUAAGAUUUAAGCUUAUUGAAGUUUAGGGAAAGAAGGUUGCUGUGGUGAGGAAAGAGACUCCAUAGCACUGGUACACCAUCAUGGAAGGGGUGGCAUUGGGAUGGAGGGCAGAUAUCCAGGCAAGCAUACUAAAAGGAACAAGUUGCUAAAGAUGAGAAUGAACAAAGCAUAUUCAGGGCAUGUUUAAUAGACUGAUUUUGUUU